CGUCAAACCAGCUUGUUAUCGCCAAUGAUUGAUAGUUCUAAACAAUAAAAGUGGAAUUUUUUCGGUUUUUACGUGAAAUACUCUAAAUUUGGUUGCGGUGGGUGGUGAAGAACCUAGUUCCUUUCAAAGAGAUCGAUACCCCGGAUUGUAUCGGAAUGGAUUGCUUCCGUGCGCUGGUCAACUACGCUUCCAGCUGCUUUAAUUGCCAGGAAGAUUCCGCCCAGGGCAACGAACCAAAUGAACGUACCCACUUGCUGGACAACCCGGUCAGCAACAGUCCGGCCGUGCUGCGGGCCAACAACGAGGACCGCGAGGGGGUGGACUAUCCGAACUCGGUGCCGAAAAAGGACGACGUGUCCGCGCUGAACAAAAUCAUCCAGGACACGGCGGCGAACGUGAUCGACGUGGCCGCGAUGGACAUUCACCACAUUGAGCCGCACGAGUACAGUGACCGGGUUCGGUUUUACUCGCAACGACUGGCCCAGCAGUGGAACACGGUUCCACACCCGAACAGUGUCAGCCAUGUCGGUCUCCUGAAGGACAUCCCGAAUCCAGAGUCGGUACUGACCUCGGUACCGAUUUCCCACGAAGAUUUAGGAAUGAUUCGCUCGAUGGUGCAGAAAGCGAACGUGGCCGUGGCCGAGAUCAAGGUGAAGCACACCGAAAAUCUGGUGGUGCCCUUUAGGAUUCCAUAAUACAGCGCCGUGCGGCGUCACCUGUAAUCUGCUGCGAAAGGUAAAAAAACCAACAAUCGUGAAACCGUGAUCGCCGCCGCUCGGGAUUGUCUUCUUAAGUGUUUAUAUCCUUUUGAAACAUAUUUUAUUUCUGUUUGUGUUUUUCCCCCUUCCCAAAAGUGUUUAGAUGGAAUUCUUACUCUUUUAGCGAUUUAGUAGAUCGAUUCAUAAAGGAUAGUGCGUAGCAAAGAAAGAAUCGAGUGAAGCAAAAUAAACAGGCAAAGACUCUGUAUUGUUUAUAUAACCAAAA